GUAGUCCGGCGCCGCUGAGGCACCGGGAAGGAGGCGGAGGGGGGGCGCCUCUGCCGGCAGCCAUUAUCUGGGAGCGCGGCGCGGAGUCGGGCGCUGGGUUGCCUUGCCGUUUCUCCGAGUCCGCGGCCCCGCCACUGCCCGGAGGUGGGGCCGCUAUGGCGGCUUAGCCUCGCCCCCACCCUCCCCUUCCUCCCCGUUACGGUAGCUGAAGGCGCGGCGGCGGCGCGGCCUAGCCGGGAGGGCGGAUCCUCGGCCUCGCGUAGCGGCUCCUGCCCGCGGAGGGCCGCCCUCCUCGGGGGGCCAUGUCCCUGGUGGCCUAUGCCAGCAGCGAAGAGGAGAGCGAUGCGGAGGAGGCCGCGGGCGAGGAGGAGGAAGCCGCCGCAGCCCAGCAGCCCCCGGCCCGGGGGCUCUUCGCCACCUUGCCUCCCCCCAAAGCCCCCGUGAUGCCCCCGCCUCACCAGCCGCCGGGCAGCGGCUUUCCCCUCCUGCCGCCGCCGCCCCAUGGCGGGCCGCCCCCUCCUUUCCUUAUGGGCCCCCCCCCUGGCAUGAGGGGCUUCGGCACCCCUCCGCCGGGCAUGAGCCCGGCCCAGGCCUCGGCCCUCAGCCCGCCCGAGCAGGCUGCCAGCGGGAAGGGGAGCGGGGAGCAGCCCAGGCUGGGGGGGCUCUUCCUGCCUCCCCCGAGGAACGCUGCUACCACGACAGCUGCCUCUACCCUCAACCUGCCCCCUCCCGUCUCGGCCUCUGCUGCUCCGCCCGGGGCUGGGGUGGAUUUGAGCCUCCCCAAGCCAAAGAAGAGGACGGAGCCGGUGCGGAUCACGGUGCCCGAGUUGCACAAGGGAGAUUCAGAUUCAGAGGAAGAUGAACCAGCAAAGAAGAAAAAUACUCUUCAGGGACGCGGCGAGGGCUCUGGCUUGUCUGCUUUGCUUCCUCAACCCAAAAAUUUGACAGUGAAAGAGACCAAUCGGUUACUUUUGCCGUACGCUUUCUCGAGGAAAGCAGGAGAAAACGCCUCCGACUCAAAGCCCGCGAAGGCCCCGACCUCUUCCUCCAAAACCAAACCUCUGUCCAAGCCAGCGGUGCCCACAACUCCUUCUCCGUCCGCUAUCAAAGCUGCCGCGAAGAGCGCUGCCCUGCAGGUAACCAAGCAGAUCACGCAGGAAGAGGACGACAGCGAUGAAGAGGUCAAGCCAGAGAACUACUUCUCCUUAUCUGACAGGAAUGAGCCCAGCAUCGCGCCUGCCGAGGCGUACAUGUACUCUGGCACGGUGGGGUCGGAGGACCCGCCCCCCGGCACAGAGACGGAGCCCCAGUUCCAGGACGCUGCUGCUAACGCGCCGCUGGAGUUCAAGACAGGCGCGGGCUCCAGCGGUGCUCAGCACAGCUGGGCGCCCAAACCUGGCGAAGACUACGGCAGCCAGCCCUACAGCCAGUUCCCUGCCUACGGCGAGGCCGGCACGUAUUAUCAGGAUUACUACAGCAGCGGCUACUACCAGGAGAUGGAACCGGCCCAGGCGCCGCCGCAGGAGAUGAACACCGAUUCCUCCUUCAUAGACGACGAAGCGUUCAAACGUCUGCAAGGCAAGCGGAAUCGAGGGAGGGAAGAGAUCAACUUUGUGGAUAUCAAAGGUGACGAUCAGCUGAGUGGAGCCCAGCAGUGGCUGACCAAAUCCUUAACAGAGGAGAAGACCAUGAAAUCGUUCAGCAAGAAAAAAGGAGAUCAACCCACGGGACAGCAAAGGAGGAAACAUCAGAUCACAUACCUGAUCCAUCAGGCGAAGGAAAGAGAACUGGAACUGAAAAACACAUGGUCUGAAAACAAGCUCAGCCGACGGCAGACUCAAGCCAAAUACGGAUUCUAAUGCCUCUGUCCCACUUUUUGGCUCUCGUCCCGGGUGACCUGCUGUGCCAGACUUCUCCUGGCCUUCCGGAGGUCAGCCAGGCCCUGUGCAGAGCGUGGGCCGCUCGGCGGCUGGGAGGACGCCGCGCUCCCCUGCCUGUCAGGAGAAAGGUUUCACGCAAACCCGAAACUCCACCUGUAAUCUUUCCCCUCCCUCCUUAUAAAACGAUAAUGUGGAAGGUUCAAAUCAAGUCUGUUUUGUACGGCUGGUGACGGUCCCGAGGCAGCCGCAGGAAACGUGCCCGGCGCAAGGCUCGGAGCUGUUGCCCUCUGGGUACACGGGGCUGCUCCCCCCUCGCCUCGCCGCUGGAACCUUAAGCAGAGUCUCAAUAAACUUCCAGUUCCCACUUUGCUCCUUUCCUGGACUCGCUGUGCGUUGAGAGUGUAAUUUUUCUUUCUAAAAGACAGUGAGUUUCGAGAGCGAGCUUGGCUUGGCUUUUUUUUCAUCCUUUGAUUUGAGACGUCCUCAUGGCUGCUUACUCCCCUCCGAGUAACUCCAGCUCAGGCAAAUGAUUUUGAUAUUAUUUUUUUCUGAAGCGUGGCUAAGUUAGUGGUUUUGUUCUCGGUUCCACCAACCUGCACGUCUCGAACCGCGCUGAGGAAAAACUCCUUUACAGGUCGGAGCUUGCAAUACCAGUGAAACCGCCCCGAGCGUGGAACGCGCAAAAAGCAGCGAGGAGCCCAGCACGAGGCGCUGCCGAGGGCUUUUGGAUAAACGUGAUCGAUGUGUGUAUGUACGUUUCUCUUCCUCUCUUUGUUUUAUUCCCUCCCUCUUUCCUCCUGCCCCCGACCCAAGGCCUACAGCUGCUCUCCAGACUUGUUGAACCGAGCGUUCCCAGCGGGGCAGCGAGCUUGGCGCACGCCGAAAAAGCUGCCAACUCUACCUUCUUUUUUGUUUUUUCCAUCUUGUUUGUAUCAAUUCCUUUUCAAUUAAGUGUUAACUUUACCCUCGGGCUGGGAAGAGGAGACCGUGUCCGGCCUUAGCUUCUUAAAACUAAAGCUUUUGUUGAAGGUAUUAGGUCUAGGCGAUACGACUGCGAAUCAUGGGCGGCCUUGCUGGCCAGAGCCAUGUAUCUUUAGCCAAAUCUCUGCGGCCUCGCUUAGUUUGUUGUUCACCGAAGCGCGUGAUGCCGAAGGGAACGGAGAGCUGCUCUGGUUACUUAAUUUACAUUCCCACCGCUAAGGGUCAUAUCUGUUGUAAAAGCGGCUGAAACGGCUAAUAUUUGUUACUCCAUUUAGAAAAACCCCCAAGAGGUGGUUUUUCUCCCGUGUUACCUGUUAAAAACAAGCAAACCAACCCCCACAAAUGAAGUCUUUUCUUAGAAUAUUUUAAAAUAAUCCGAUUUCUAGUUUAGUUCCCUGGAUGUUUUAGUACUUCGCGGAGCCCGUUUUGAGUAUUUGAAUGACCAGAAUAAAGUUACUGUUGAGUAAUUUAUUCAUAUCUUAUAUGUACAGUGAAAUCCUCUGAAAAGAGAUUUGAUAAAAGGAAUAAACUUUUAAAUGAACCGAA